GGUCAUGCUCAUGGAGAGAUGAGAUGCGAUGCAUUGCAGUGAGAGGUACGUGGAAAUACAAUCGUAUUUCUCCAAAUGGUUACUUUUAGAUCAGUCAACCUUCAACUACUCUUCAGUCGUUUGUUAUAGCGACAGCGAUUUUUCCUGCAUUUUGAAUAGCGACACUAUCCGGCAUUCAUAAUUCCUGCUAGCUAACGUUAACUAGCUCGGCUAACCAAGUCAACUGCAGGUUUUGAACCCCACUUGAAUUGGGAAAACUUGUUUGUUAAUAACUCUUUGUGACUGACACGAUGCUGAGGAAUCUUGUGAGAUUACACAGUCGUGUGGGGCAUGCCCUCUCUCCCCCCACUGUCUGCCCAAGAAGUCAAGCUCUCAAGCUGCUGCUCUCGGUGAACUCAAAAUCUUACUCCAUUAUCACAGAAAGAAAGAAAUUCUACGAGGACGUCAGCAUAUCCCACGGAGAGGGUGGCAUGUUUGAGAUCAACCUGGACCAGCGGAAACUGAAGACACCAGGAGGAAAGCUGUUCACAGCCCCCAACGAAGCCUUAGCCAUUGCCGUGGCGAAUGAGUGGGAUACUCAGAAAGACGUGCUCAAGUUCUACAGUAUGCAUAUGACCACUCUCUGCAACACAGCCCUUGAUAACCCUACAUUCCGCAGCAAGGACCAAAUGAUCACCGCUGCCCUCAAGUAUCUGGAGACUGACACUAUCUGUUACAGAGUUGAGGAGCCUCCAUCUUUAGUGGAGCUUCAGAAUAAUGAAUGGGACCCUGUGCUGAACUGGAUUGAAGACAGGUACAACGUAGUCAUUGGCUCCUCUACCAAUAUACUGGGACCAGAGAUCCCACAGGCAACGAUGAAUACUUUCCACCAGCACCUGGGUUCCUAUAACUUCUGGUCCCUGACAGGACUGGAGUAUGUGAUCACCCAGCUGAAGUCAGUGGUGCUGGCAUUUGCAUUGAUUGACAAACACAUUACAGUGGAGCAGGCCGUGCUGCUGUCACGACUAGAGGAGGAGUUCCAGAUCGGGCAUUGGGGAAACGUACAGUGGGCUCAUGAUGUUGACCUGUAUGAGCUGAGGGCACGUACAGCAGCAGGGGCUCUGUUUGUACAUUUCUCCUCCGAGAGUUCAACGGUCAAACGCAAACUCAUGCAAGACUAAGAAGGCCCUUCGGAGCUUCCCUGAGUCAAAUAUACAAGCUCAGACCGCACUCUAAGAGCAAAGACAACAAAGGCAGUGUACUGGCCUCUGACUGGGAAGAAAUCCCAACUCCUUAGGACUUGAGUUUAUCUCUGGUAUUGUCCUUGGCGGAACAAAAACACAUAUUUUAUCUGUCCUGGUCCGUGAAACAAUCUGCAGUUUAUAAAACGUCCUGUGUGGAUUCAUUUCAGUAAAGAGGAACAUGUCUCCUCUGCCACUCCUUCCCUAUAAAGUACAGCCAAGUACGACGAUGACCAUCUCUUCUACAGUGUGUUUUGAAUCACUAACCAGGUUUCCAUCCAACCUUUUUAUGGGAGUAAAGUACAUGUGCGAUAAAAAAUGUCAUGACAGGGCUGAUGGAAACAAAACAUUUGUUGGCAAACUUUACAAAUGUCGACAAAACUAAAUAUGCUAGACAAAUUGGGAUGUUUUUGUGUCGGUAAGAUUCAUUACGUGAGAAAUGUUGAUGGAAAUGCUUUUAUGCACAAAUAUUGAUAUAUUAACUAUCAUAUCGAAGUGAACUUGGAGUCACCUGAUAACAUGUUGUGUGGUCCAACCACUAUGACUAGUCUGGAAAAAAUGCAGUUUAUUAGGCCAUUGGUUCCCAAACGUUUUCGUCCCCCCUUAGGGGCGCACCCCACCGUUUGUGAACCACUGUAUUAGGCUACAGAUUAAAUAAAUUAUGAUGAACUUCACAGGGUGGUGAAAGUACAAGGUGAUCCACUCAAUUGAUGCCCCUUUCCAAUAAAUAUAGAGGGUCUUA